UGAAGAACCCCAAGAUGCCCCUCCCAAAGAAAUGGCUCUUCCCCUUCUAUCACAAUCAUUGUGAUACAAAGGCAGAAGCAAAGCUCUGUUUCAGCAGAUAGCUCAAGUAGCUGGCAGGCAACAGCCACGUAAGAACAGCUUAUGACUCUUUCCUCGGGACUUUAACUCAUUGGUCUGAUUGAGGGAACAACUAAAAAGACCUUUGAAAAUGCUGUGGAUGUCGUGUCUCCCAAAUGCAUUCCUCUUUCUUCUGCUCCUCCCGUGCUUCCCUGCCCAGAGCGGUGGAGGAAAUGAACAGUCAACAGACGUUAUCAGUGCUUGGGAAGGAGACUCCGUCAGCAUAACUUGCCCAAUGAAUGGUUCACAAAAUCAAGUGGGGAUGCACUUGACAGCUAUCAGACAGAAUCUCAAUGUGAUAUAUUUUCCCAAGGAGAAACCUCCAAAUAUCAAUCCUGACUUUGCUAAUCGCAUCGAGUACUCAAAAGAAGGGGAGAAUCUCAGGAUAACCCUGCGCAGGUUACAGGAAUCCGAUUCCAAAAUUUACCUGUGCUCUGAGAUUGUUAAAAUCAAUGACCAUCACAAAGACCUGUAUGGGAAGACAACCAUUGUAGUGGUCAAAGCUAGAUCCAGCAGAUAUAUACUGGAGCAGUCACCGCUCUACGCCAACCCUGAGCAAGGGCAGUCUGUCAGCAUCACCUGUGUGCUGAGAAGCUCACCUGGAGAGGAGGAGUUCUACCUGCUCAGGAUUCACGUGCAGCCUGCCACUGUUCUGUCUGUGGCAAAUCUGAACGGCUCAGAGGUCUCUCCUGCCUUUGGGAACCGCUUGGAGUACUCAAGGGAAGGGAACAGAAUUGUGAUAACUCUACACAACCUACAGGAAAAGGACAGUGAUAAUUACAUCUGUGCUGAGGGGCCCAAGGAUUCCCCUCUGCUCUCAGCCAGUGGCACCAUGCUGCUGGUUAAAGGAGUGGAGCAGGCAUGUGAGAAGAGCUCCUGGGAUAUGUAUGCUCUUCUCAUCGUGGUGGCUCUGCUGUUCUGUGCCCUGGUGUGCUGCACCUUGUACUGUGUGGAUGUGAAGAAAUAUUUCCAGAAGAAAAAGGUCAAUGUGGUGUAUGAAGACAUGUCCUACAACUCCAGACGGAGCACACUGGUCAGAACCAGCACCUAUUCCAGAGGUGAAUAAACUUCUGCCAGCUGGGACCAUGUGUGCAUCAACCAUGCCCUCACAGGCAGCUCUGAGAGCUGCUUUAACCACCUGAACUGAAAUUCCUACCACCUACCUUCUUCAGUGGAAAGAAAACCUCAUUUCCAAGGCUGUUUCUACCUUUUUUAUAAUUUUUUUUUUUUAUUUUUUGUAAUGUACAGGAAAUGUAGCAAAAUGCAGGUACCCUGGACGUGUGUGUGCAGUUCAGGGUGAAAAAGCAGAUUUUUGGGGCUAAAUGAAAUUUAUGAGCUUGUUUCUUUGCUAAAUAACCCUUUCUGGGAAGGUGGGAUGGAUGGGGAGGUCUGGUUCUCAGCUUUGCUACGUGCUCAGGAAGAGCACCCAGGUCUGUUCAAUGGUUGGCAAUGGAUCCACACAGACAUGGAUUCCAAAUCUCUCAGGGGUCCCUGGGGUCUGCCCAAGAGCUCAGGCAGCUCAAACUACUCAAGAGUUACAGCAGGGAAAUCUAUUUUGAUGAAACCUCAGGGUUGUGGUGGGGUGAAAUGCUGGAUCCACAUGGGCUCAGCUGCUCCAAGGUCAUGACAGACCCAGGAAAACAGCAUUGGCUCUGGAUUUUAGUUUACUGCCUCUGUCAGAGCUGCUCACAGGACUGAUGGAGAUGUGGCUGACCAGCAAAGUGACUCAAGCUGGGUUCUGGUGGCUCCCAGGGACGGCAGAGGUGUUUGUGAUGUGGCAGUGUUGUCCCAGCAGGACGUGUUCCUCCAACACAGUGACUCAACAAGGUGAAAUAAUCCAGGGUAAAGCCAACGCCUGCAUUCCACUCUGGGUGGGGCUGAUCUAAAACCCCUCCUUAUCAAAGGUGUGGGAAUUCCAAGCACAGAAAAUUCUCAAAAUCUUGUGAGUGCAGGCCCAAACACAGAAAUGAAUAAAAAGUUCAACUUCAGACCUUAGAAAACACUUUGGGAUUUAGAGACCAUAGGCAAGAAUGUAAGUUUGUAGUUUAAAUAGAAGGACAUUGAGCUAGGUAACAAAAAGUUUUAAAGUUUUAAAGUUAAGCUUUAGGAGUAGGUAUAAAAGUAAUAAGAACUUUAAGAUUUAGUGAGUAAUUUUGUGUAUCAUCAUAUGAUUAGUUAAGAAUCUCCUCACUGCAGCAAAGACAUCUAAAACAAAAUUAUUAACCAGUAGUGUGACACUCUUUUGUAGCAGUAAUUUUUUAGCUAAUUAACCUUUAAAAGACCUUAUAACCAGUGGUCUUGUGACCAUUGACCACAAAAAUCUAGCAAACACAGUAAAAACAUUCUCACUCCUUCAUGAAACUGUAAAAAAAGAGUAAUAAACCAUGCUUUAAGAUGUCUCCCAGUAGUCCCAUCUCUCUUAAAAUCCCAAUAAAAUGGAUUUAUCAAAACUCACAUCAGGCAAGAAGAGGCUAAAUUUGGUUUAGUAACAGCUUCUAGAACAGGUGGGGAGCUGGGCCAAGGAAGGGCUUGGCCUCCCCCAGGGGUGUUUUGGUUUGGAGCCACUGUGGAAAGUCAACAAUCUUCCAGAAAGGAAUGUUGAAUUGUUCCAGGUCAGGGUUGAUGGGGUGGCCUCUGGCUGCUGAGGACAGGCUGAGACUGGAGUUUCUCUCUAUUGAUGCAAUUGUUUUAUUUUUUUUUUUUUGAGGGAUUAGGAUCAGUUUAUCUUUGAUGAGUGCAUGGCUGGAGCAGAGCCAGGCACAGAGGGUAAUUCCUCUCCAGAGCUGAGCUCUGGCAAGAUCCCAGCUUGCCAAGACAACUCUGCCCCUCAGGAGAGCCCAUUUCCCUCCAGACAUUGCUCAUGAAAUGCUGCCCCCAGACCUGAGGGAGAAAUCCCCUCACUGUGUGGGGUGGAUGAUGCAGGUUCACCUUGUGAGCAAAUUGCUGUCUUCACAUGGCCAGACCUGGAUAAAUUGUGUUUGUCUUGGGGUUUUGUACAGUUCCUCCAUAUUU